AUGUCAAUCCUCGAACGUAUCAAUCCGCUCGGAUACGGCAUAGGACGUACCACACACGCUCUAUGGCGAUUUCUCCAAUUCGUAUUGGCGCUCACAGUCAUUGGAUUAUAUGGAACUGAUCUCGCAAAUGCGAAUAAACAACAUAAAUAUUCAGAUGGAAAAUGGGUCUACGCUGUCAUAACCGGUACCCUUUCCGCGCUCACUUCACUCUUGCACCUCAUUCCCCUCUUCAAUCUCAUCCCCGUUCUAUUUCUUUGGGACGCUGUCCUCUUUAUCCUCUGGAUCGCCCUCUUCGGUCUCUUUGGCAAUAUGUAUAUAGGUGAGAAGGCGGAGGGGGACGCGGGCGUACAGAGGAUGAAAAAUGCAGUGUGGGUUGAUUUGGUGAAUGCGCUGUUGUGGGCGGGGAGUGUGGCGGGGAUGGUGCUUUUUUGGAGUAGGGAGAAGAGGACGAGGUGGACGGGGAGGGCGAGGGGAAGGAGUGGAAGUCCGGGGGUUUGA